AUGUCUAAAACUAGAGACGACUUUAAUUUCCAAUUUAAAGAUGAAAUUGCCUUUGAGCGUAGAGCUAUUGAAUCUGAGAAAAUCAGACUCAAGUACGAUGGAAGAAUUCCUGUGAUCAUAGAAAAAUCGAGUACCGACUAGGUGCUUUGCGACCUAGAAUAGACAAAAUUCUUAAUUCCAGGAGAUUUCACUUUCUAGCAAUUCUAAAUGGUUAUCAGAAAGAGACUGUAGCUUCCAAAAACUCAUUCUUUAUACAUAUUCUUCCAUAAUAACAAGUUGCACGCUAAUGAGAAAUCUCUAAGUUAGAUAUAUAGCGAAUGCAAAGAUCACGAUGGGUUCUUGUACUGCAAAUAUGCUAGUGAAAACUUCACAGGCUGA